AUGUUUUUUGCUAUUUUUGCUGUCGUUUUCUUGUCCGUUCUUGAAGGCGUUUUGACAGCGCCUUCACAUCUGAAGGCUGCCGGGCAGCAGUACAGUGCCGGACACAAAAUCAAACUUUCACGUCGCUCAUUACAUCAAGGACCACCUAACAUGCAACACAAUAAUCCCCAACUAUUCCAAUCUGAUGUGGCAAUGGUGGAACUGGCAAGUGUUGAGGCCAAGUACCAAGCGGCCAAAUUACUUCUUGAUGCCGGUAAAGACAGGAGCUUGCCCUCUGGCUGCACAGGAAUCACCCCCCUACAAGACAAAAAUAUACCCUCUCCGUCGAAUCCUUCCCUGACAACACCCUCACAAAUCACCGAGUCUAUCGAAGACAUAUUUGAGCCCGUACUUGGGGGGUCCAAAACGACCACGGAGCCAUUGAAAGACUUCGCGCCAUACGGUCUCGACCUGUUAUAUUAUGGUGAAAUGUCAUUUGGAACGCCGGCGCAAGAAUUGACGGUAGACAUCGAUACGGGUUCCGCGGAUCUCUGGGUACCGGUGAAUUGUCCGCGCUGUGCAAACACACAGUUCGAGCCUGAGCGUAGUUCCACGUACAAGAAUGAAAACAAAAAGUUCCAAAUAAACUAUGGAUCUGGCGAUGCGUCCGGCACCCUCGCGAGCGACACGGUCAGCGUUGGCAGCGUCACCGUGUCCAAACAGGCGUUUGGUGCUGUGAACAGAUUGUCGAAAGAAUGGAAUAUGUAUCCCAAUGACGGUCUCAUCGGUCUUGCAUUCAGUUCCAUAGCUUCAAGUCAACAACCGACCUUCUUCGAGAAUUUGAUCAUGCAGAAGGCAGUCGCUGCUCCAUUAUUCUCAGUUCACCUAGGGAGGCGAAAUCCCUCAGGUUCCGAGGUUUGCUUCGGUUGCGUAGAUCAAUCGAAAACUACAGGUUCGAUUACAUGGAUACCCGUCACUUCAAGGACAUACUGGACUGUGGCAAUGUCUGGAUUCGCGGUUGGUGAGAAAACGACAGAGGUAGAAGAUGUGGUUGCGGCCAUCGACACUGGCACAACUCUUAUAUACCUUCCAAACGAAGUCGCUAUGGAUCUUUACGACCAGAUCCCUGGUUCGCAGUCCCUAGAAGAUCGUUAUGGACCCGCAUUCUAUAGCUACCCUUGCGACUCGAAUGUCGACGUUGGUGUAGUAUUCAGCGGCAAAGUGUUCUACAUUAACAGUGCAGACUUCAAUCUUGGCCGAGUGGAGGAAAAUUCAACGGAAUGCGUCGGUGGGAUCCUGCGAAUGACCGGUGGGUUUCCGAACAAUCUCGCAAUUAUUGGGGACGAAUUCUUGAAGUCAUGGUAUUCAGUCUACGAUUAUUCGGGAACAGCACGAGUGGGUUUCGCACCCAGCGUAAAUAAUAAGAGUAGAUAG